AUGUCGGCUGCCAGGCGGAAGAUCGUGGUCAAGAACCCGAUUGUCGAGCUCGAUGGAGAUGAGAUGACCAGAAUCAUCUGGCAAGAUAUCAAGGACAAGUUCAUUACACCAUACCUUGAAGUUGACCUCAAGUACUAUGACCUUGGCCUUGAGUACCGUGACCAGACAGACGACCAAGUCACCGUUGAUGCCGCAGAGGCCAUCAAGAAGUAUGGCGUUGGUGUUAAGUGCGCCACCAUCACCCCUGACGAGGCUAGAGUGGAGGAGUUCAAGCUGAAGAAGAGCAAGUCUACCACUCCCGGCUAUACACUUUUGUGGCUAUCUCCCAACGGAACCAUUCGAAAUAUCCUUGGAGGAACCGUCUUCCGUGAACCCAUUGUCAUCCCUCGCAUCCCCAAGCUCGUCCCAGGCUGGAAGAAGCCUAUCAUAAUCGGCCGUCACGCCUUUGGUGACCAGUACCGUGCCACAGACCGCCUCAUCCCUGGUCCCGGCACCCUAGAGCUCGUCUACACCCCCGUCGGCGGAGAGCCAGAGCGUAUCCAGGUAUACGACUUCAAGGGCCCCGGUAUUGCCCAAACACAGUAUAACCUCGACGAGUCUAUUCGAGGAUUUGCACAUGCCAGUUUCAAGCUGGCUAGCCUUAAGGGCCUGCCCAUGUACAUGAGCACCAAGAACACUAUCCUGAAGAAAUACGAUGGCCGCUUCAAGGACAUCUUCCAGGAGAUCUACGAUAAGGAGUAUAAGGCCGACUUCGAGGCCAAGGGUAUCUGGUACGAGCACCGUCUCAUCGACGACAUGGUUGCUCAGAUGAUCAAGUCUGAGGGAGGCUAUGUCAUCGCCAUGAAGAACUACGACGGUGAUGUCCAAUCCGACAUUGUUGCCCAAGGUUUCGGUUCCCUCGGACUCAUGACCUCCACCCUCACCACUCCCGCCGGCGAUGCCUUCGAGUCCGAAGCUGCCCACGGUACCGUCACCCGCCACUACCGCGAACACCAGAAGGGUCGCGAAACCUCUACCAACCCCAUUGCCUCUAUUUUCGCCUGGACCCGAGGCCUGGUCCGCCGUGGCCAGCUCGACGAGACCCCUGAGGUCGUCCACUUCGCCGAGCAGCUUGAGCGUGCUUGCGUUGAAGUCGUUGAUGUCGAAGGCAUUAUGACUAAGGACUUGGCCUUGGCAUGCGGAAGGAAGGACAGAGAAAGCUGGGUUACCACUAAGGAGUACCUCGCUGCUGUUGAGAAACGGCUACAGAAGAACCUGGGUGAGGAGACCAAGCUGUAGAAGUAGUUGGUAGUUUGUUAGAUCUAGAUAGAUGGAAUAAAUUA